ACGUUGGUUAGCUCCUCUGAUAGCAGUUCCUCGACUUUUCUUUCGUACACUGCCAGUUUCCGAGGUGCCUUUGGCCACCCUCGGCGCAGCCUGCGCUGUCAAUGGAGGACUACGACUGCGCUCAGUUGUAUGGCUACGGCCGACAGCAACGACGGGUCCUUUGCUGCACCCAGCUAUCGGGAGCAGUUUUCGUUCUGCACGCCUUUGCCAUGCGCCUCCUGGUAGCCGAUGUGGACUACUGGUGCGUAACGCCUGAAUAUGGAAGUUUCUUCAACAUUACCCCGGGAGACUGGAAAAAUAUGAACAUCCCUAUCAUAAACGGCAGCUACAGUCGCUGCCAGAUGUACGACCCGCCUUUGACCAAUGUUACGUCGGACGUCACCCGCGCUAUUGUCAACUGCACCUCGUGGGAGUACGAUCUCGGAGAAGGCGUACGUACCAUCCUGAGCGAAUGGAACCUCGUCUGCGGCAGGGCUUGGCUCGUCCAGUUGGCGACCACACUGUUCUUCGUCGGCAGAAUCACUGGCGUCGUAGUAACGGGUCACGUGGUGGACAGGGUUGGACGGAAGCCAGUCAUUUAUGUCAGUACCUUUAUGACCGUAGCGUCCGCAGUCGGCGUCACAUUUUCCCUAAGCUUCCGCAUCUUCGUUGUCACCAGGAUGGUUCUCGCAGCCUCGCUGAGCGCGCUCAAGAUAGCGACCUUCGUGCUACUCUUCGAACUCACGCCAUUGGACCACCGCAACUGUUACUGUUGCCUGGCGCACUGCGGCGCACUGAUCUGUCUCGGUGUUGUCCACACCUUAGACGGCGUCGUGCUUGACAUGAUGACGACUUUCAUGAUCCUUCUCUGGCCAACGUCUUUCCUGAUCUACAACUUGUACGUCGUGGAGGAAUCUCCUCAGUGGCUGUUCACCACAAACAGCAUUCGGUCGCUAGAGCGUGCUGUACGAUCUACAUGCUUCUACAACGAUUAUCCUUUCAGCUCGCAGAAGGUUCGUGCAGAAUUUGAUGCCCAGAAGCACGAAUGCAUGAGGAGGGGCGAAACUCCGGGAAGACGAAUGACUUUCGUGCAACUUGUGACGAACAGACAGACAAGGCAACGCGUUCUUGUACUAUCCAGCACCUGGUUCGUAAUCGAGUUUGUUAUGUACGGUACCGCGUUCCACUUCCGACAGCGAGAUACGCUCCUCCUCCACCUCUACGUCAUCGCUGUGCAAGGGCUAGCCCUGGCUAGCCUCAUCUGUGCGAUGAGAUCUUACGGAAGGCGGCAGAUCAUAGGAAUGUGCCUGUACGUAGCUGUAGCAGGCUGUUCUUGCUUAUGUGUCACAACGACGGUGUACUUUGUCUUGUACCAACUACUUCGCUUCAUCACAGUCAUGUCCACUUUCGUGGCGCUUGUGGUCACGUAUGUGUACUGCGCAGAGCUGCAUCCUGCCGCCUUCAGAGGAGCCGGGAUAUCGUGCUGCUAUCUUUGUGGCCGACUGGGCUCGUUCGCUGCAGUGCUGUUCGAGGUGCUACCACGGUGGACACAUCCCGGCAUCCCGUUUGCGAUUGGCGUAGCCCUCAUAUUAACGUCUCUGAUGCUGCUACGUGACCUUCCAGACACGCCACGACUGACAGACCGCGUUGGUGGCACAGUGCCGGAGAAUAAGAUGUGCGCGCGCGGCCUUGCAGACUUCAAGCGCAGGCCUUGGUGAACAGAGGACGUCUCUGACACGAGGUUGACGAUGGAAGCAAUGACCCGUCAUGUAGUGUGUCACAAUGAUUCGUCAAUAGAAAAACACAUGUUUCAUACUUUUA